UCCCUUUUUCAUUUCAGUGGCAUAAGCAAAAACUAUGCUUGGGCAUCCAGUUCUAGUUCAAUUUUAGCAGAAUUUGGUACUUUGCAUUUAGAAUUUGUUUAUCUAAGUCAUAUAACUGGAAAUCCUGUAUAUAAGGAAAAAGUUGACAAUAUUCGUAACAUUUUAUAUAAAAUGGAUAAACCUCAAGGACUCUAUCCUAAUUAUUUAAAUCCCAAAACAGGAAGAUGGGGACAGCAUCACAUGUCUAUAGGUGCUUUAGGUGAUAGUUUUUAUGAAUAUCUGUUGAAAGCUUGGUUUCAGUCUGGAAAUGAAGAUUCUCAAGCUCGUGAAAUGUAUGAUACUGCAAUUGAGGCAAUGGAAAGUAAAUUACUCCAAACUUCAAAAAGUGGACUAAAAUAUUUUGCUGAUAUGAAAUAUGAUAGAUUAUAACAUAAAAUGGAUCAUUUAGCUUGCU